CAAACUCGAAAUCAGCAAAGUCAACGGCUAGUGUGUGGUCAUCAACCGAUCAGUAAUAGUAAUAACGAGCGAAUUAAUUGUUAAUAACAAGUAAUUAAGAAAGAACGAAUGGUUUGAGGUAAGGAGAGGAAAAAUAAUUCUCACAACACACAUCCAACAUGAAUCGAUGGGUAGUAUUCUCGCGACAAAAGCAAAAAACAUAUGCAAUACCGCAUCAGAUAAGAUAGAGGUGCAAUUAAAAAUUUCUUUCUAUAUUAAAAAAAUAUUUCUACAGUAAAUGAAAAGUUAACCAAUUCGCUGAAACGGCAAGAUAUUUAUUUAGUGUACCGCGACCACUGACGUAAACGUUACCAUGCUAAGUCAAGGAAUAUUAUUAUUAGUUUUUACACUUCUUGAAUCUUUGUCUUGGCUUGGUUGCGGAGUGUUUGGUGGAAAUAUUUUGGGAGUAUUCCUGACCCACAGGCCUUCACACCUAAUCAUUCACAUGUCUGUGGCUAAGGUUUUAGCUGAAGAAGGUCACAAUGUAACGGUCGUAGUGACGCAAAUACCUAAAGUCAAUCAUAAAGGAAUAAAUAUAGUUUUAAUACCGCCUGUGGCAGAAAAAGAAGCGUCUUUGCAUAAGCGAAUCUCUGAACUGGCAAAGAAAAAAACCAAUUUUUGGACUUCUGUUCAAAAGUACUUUUCUGUUAUGCGUUUACUUAAUGACAUGGAAAUGGAUGCCUUGCAAGAUGAACGGUUUGCGCAACUCUACGAUAACCCAGACACGAAAUUUGAUUUAGUCCUUCUUGGAUAUUGCUUUAAUAGCUUUCAGUUCGGUGUUGCUGCAAAAUUUAACACUCCUCUUAUACUCAGUUGGAUGUUCGGUCCAGCGCUCUUUAUUAAUGGUUACGUUGGUAACCCUAAUGAAAUUGCCUAUGUACCCCAUAUGGAUAUGGUUCUAGAGCCUGGCAAAAAGAUGAACUUUCCAGAGCGGCUGAAACACUUCUUAGGGUCUAUAAUUAUUGGCGCAUUGAAUGCGAUUCUAGACUAUUGCAAUCAACACUAUUACAAGCAGCUAUUUCCUAAUGAUGGCAUCUUCCCUACCUAUCAAGAGAUGACAAAUAAUGUUUCUUUAAUUUUUUGUAACAAUCACUUUACCGAAGGCCCCAUCAGACCCAACGUUCCAGCGAUAAUAGAAAUCGGCGGGAUCCAAGUCAAAGAUAAGCCGGAGCCACUACCUGAGGAUAUAUCCUUCUUUUUAGACGAGAGUAAAAUUCAUGGCGCUAUACUCUUCUGCUUAGGUUCAGGCUUAAUAAGUGACUACAUUAGACCAGAAGUAAUCAAAACCAUAUUUCAAGUACUUUCCAGUCUAAAGCAAAAUGUUAUUUGGAAAUGGGAUGAUCUGACCAAUACACCAGGCAUUUCUAAAAAUAUCAUCUACAAGCAAUGGAUACCACAGGACGAUAUCUUAGCAUAUCCCAAUCUAAAGUUAUUUAUUACACAUGCCGGUAAGGGUGGCGUUGCUGAGGCUCAGUAUCACGGCGUUCCAAUGGUUGCCUUACCACUUUUCGGCGACCAAGGUAGCAAUGCAGCUAAAGUGGUGGCCAGCGGCUACGGCCUUGAAUUAGACGUUUUUAAUUUAACCAAUGAUCAAUUAGGAUUUGCGAUCAAUGAAGUCUUAACCAAUCCCUUUUAUAGAGCAAAUGUACAACAGUUUUCGCGCUUGUACCGCGACAGGCCUUUAACCGCUCGGCAAUCUGUUGCUUUCUGGACAAAUUAUGUAAUACGUAAUCAUGGCGCUGCUCAUAUGCAAAGUCCUUUAGUUCAUAUGAAUUUUAUUCAAAGUUUAAACAUUGAUGUUAUAGCCUCCUUAGGGAUCGUAUCCUAUCUAUUCUAUAAGAUCUUCAUAUUACUUGCUUGUUAUAUACUUUCCAAAAUUCUAAAAAAAAUUCCCAAAUCCAAUUUGAGUUCAAGGAAGACGAAGAAAAAUCAAUAA